CGUAAAUAAUAUACAUAAAUAUUUGUGAUUGGAAAUACUCCAGUUAAUUGAUAAUCAUUACAAAAAUGAUCAAUUAGCUCCAGAUGAGAUAUAUUUCUACAAGGAGACUUUAUCCUAUGCCGCAGUACGUUCUUAACUCUUAUGUUGUGCACAAUAUUUUUACAGUGUUUUAACAAUAGCAAAAAUGACUAGUAAAUUAAUUAAAAUUGGGUUUAUCGGUGGUGGCAAAAUGGCCCAAGCAAUGGCCAAGGGAUUCAUAAAUACAGGUCUUACAAAAGGAGAGGCAAUGACAUCAAGCUGUCACCCCUCAGAUGCAUUAUCAGUUAAAGCUUUUAAGGAACUUGGUGCGAAAACAACUUUUGAAAAUAUCGAAGUAGUAGAAAAUUCAGAUGUAGUAGUAGUAGCCACAAAACCGUCAAUAGUGCCAGAGGCUUUAGGUGAUAUUAAGAAAAAAGAGACAAAGGCUGACAAAUUGUUUUUAUCGAUUGCAAUGGGAGUCACUAUAAAACAAUUAGAAAAGCUACUUCCUCAUGAAGCUAGAGUAAUGAGGGUGAUGCCAAAUACACCUGCUCUAGUUCAAAAUGCUGCAUCUGUAUUCGUUAGUGGUAAAAAUGCAACAAAAGACGAUGCUAGACUGGCAAAAAAACUGCUGCAAUCUAUAGGAACAUGUGAAGAAGUUCCAGAGAGUUAUCUUGAUCCUAUCACCGCUUUGAGCGGAUCAGGACCUGCUUAUGUGUACAUAAUGAUAGAAGCUUUGGCGGAUGGGGGCGUCAAAAUGGGUUUGCCUAGAGAUUUAGCAUUGAGGUUAGCUUCUCAGACGGUACUAGGAGCAGGACAGAUGGUUAGAGAUACAAUGAUUCACCCUGGUCAAUUGAAAGAUGAUGUAUCAUCACCAGCAGGCUCAACUGCAUAUGGUCUCCAUUAUUUAGAACAAAAAGGUUUUAGAGCAGCUGUUGCAGGAGCUGUAGAAGCGGCAACCAUGCAGUGUCGUGCAGUCUCUUCUAAAGGGGAUAAAUGAAACAUUAUGUGAUAAUUUUAUUAAUAUAGUGAUAACUGCUGUGUAAUUUAUUUUAUUGUAAAUAUAUUUAGAAUUUUUAUGA